AUGGCCGAAAUGAUCCGGACCCACAAAACCCCCAAUCCUACAGAUUAUCUUUCAUACUUCGACCGAGUGCAGCAUGCGGAUUGGGACAUCUUGAAGUAUCUGCGAUUCUGCCAGGCCUGCAUCGGGCCCGCUCAACUGAACUCCGAGGUGGUCCUCAGUGCCUGGCAACGCCAGCUACGGCAAAGAGCAAAUCAACCUGACGAGAGUGCUGCGUCCCGUGCUGCAACGCUCCUUCAAGGCUACUCCUCAUCCAAGGACCGCCGCUCUGACCGUGCCAGAGCUAAAGGCUUCCUACGCAGGGGAAACAAACCCAUACGUGCACGUAGCACAGUCAGCCUUCACGUCGCCGGCGACAAUUAUGGAACGAUCGUCGCUACUGACGCUAACGUGAGCGUUGGAGGACUGCCGGGCGGGGGACCGAACAAACAACCGAUCAAUGGACCUAGGAAAUUAUUGAACAAUGUAACCUUUGACGACUAUAGCGAGUUUGAGUCAUCAGACGAAGAACAGAACGAAGCAUCGGACGAGGAAACCUUAGAUGAUUACGAUGACAUGGAAGAAUUAGGCUCAGAUUCAGAAUACAUGACUGAUUCGUCCGAGCCAGACAAUAGCAAAGAGGGGGAGCUCAAGAAGAUCGAUUUGCUGGAGCUUUUGACAAGCAAAGGCUUCACUCCCGAUGUACUAAGAGAGUACUACCCCUUGCCAAAGUUCCCGAAACACCUCACGGCUCACCUCGCCCAAUAUGAAAAGGUCUCGACGGUUGCUGAGUGCAGGAAGCUUUCGUACCCUCUGGAGGUAGAGUGGGAAUCAGCAGAUAAGGACCUGCUAUCUUGCAAGUACUGGAUUGAUAUAGCUACAGAGACACUCAUGUCGUUAAUCACUGAAUCCCAUGGCCUGCUUCGGCAACAAGAUCUCGGCCAAGGGGUGUGGGAUGGUAUCUGUUGGAUUGUUCUGGAUUUGGCUUUCACCAGCCUUCCAUCUCUCAUGCUUCAGCGACGAAACCUCGAACAUUACUCGAUUAGUGUAGACCCCAUACCACUCUGCCUGACACCACGCUUUGAUGGUAUCAUCCGGACGCGCGUUUCCUCCAUCCACCCCGACCCCCGGCUGGAAUAUGCCGUUUUACAGACGUCCAAGAACCCCGGGUUCAACUCAUCAGACUCAGUCAGAUGGAAUACAGACAUCGGCAAGCUCCACGCCGCCUGCCGCUCCAUGCUCCGCAACCUUAAAUCCGAAGUGUCGUACGACGAAGCCACAAUCAAGAAGUUGGCCGUGGUGGGGAUUCUACAAUCGGGGCCUAACUUUAUGUUUCUUGUCAUGUCGUGUAUUGGGCGUAAAUUAUACUACUUGAGGCGUGGGGAGACCUUGAGAUUGCCUACAGAGGUGGAGCAGUUUCAGGACAUGGCUCCCAUUCUGACGAAUAUUUGGAAGGCUGUGUUGCCGGCAGCUGGUGUGGACAGUGAAACAUUCUAG